AUGAAGAUUAAAGAAUAUUUAAAUGCCAAAACUAAUGGAUUAUCGACUGCUGCUUGGAUAAGAAGAAAAUUAAAUGAACAUCAAGAUAUUUGCCAAGAUCACCUGUCGACAUUGUUGGACUUGAAGUCAUAA